AUGCAACAAUCUCUAGAAGGCGCUUUGGAUCGUGCGGAGUAUGUCAUUGCAAGUGCCCAACAGAGACCUCCAAAAAGGCAAUACUCAUCUAAUGGGGAAAAGUCUCUAUAUGAAAAACUUUAUGACAUUUACGUUGAAGAAUGUGAAAAGGAGCCUGGGGUUACGGAGGAAUUAAGAAGCAAUGUGAACCUGUUAGAGAAGCUUCUUAGGAGAGAGUCGUUGCCGUGUUUGGUGGUCAACCUGUACCCAAGAAAAGAGGGCUAUUCGCUGAUGCUCAAGGGGGAAAAUGGAUCAUCUGCAGAGACCAUUCGACUGCCCUAUGAAGAAGGGGAAUUGCUCAAAUACUUGGAUGCAGAAGAAUUACCUCCUGUUUUGGUGGGUUUCCUGGAAAAGUCUCAGGUUAACAUUUUUCAUCGUGGGUGUGUCAUAGCAGAAAUACGGGACUACAGGCAGUCCAGCGACAGGGAACCUCCCCAUUACCAAAGCAGGCAUAUUCUCUUACGUCCCACGAUGCAGACUUUAGCCUGCGAUGUAGAGGCCAUAGCCAGUGAUAACCAGAAAUGGACCCAGGAGGACAAACUUUUGCUUGAGAGCCAACUGAUCUUAGCUACAGCUGAACCACUGUGUCUAGACCCUUCUAUAUCAGUGGUCUGCACUGAAAACAGACUGCUCUAUAACAAACAAAAGCUGAACACUCUUCCCAUGAAAAGGAGCUUCAAGAGGUAUUCUAUGGCCUCUCUGAAUCGGCAGCAGGAGCUGUCUCGUCCACCUCCUCCUGAGCUAAGAGCCCUGACUUCCUGCAAAAAAAUAAGAGAAAGUAAAACAGGUGGGAAUUCCGGCCUCAAAACUUUUAAAGCAGGAAAUGGUGUAGAUAUGUGGCAACAGAGACCCUGUGACUUGGCCGUACCUUCUCAAGUGGACGUGGAGAAAUAUGCUAAACGGAAUAAGUCUGUCGAAUAUGAUGACUCACAAUCAACAGUCUGGCCAACCCACGAGGUACAAGAUGGUUCUGUAUUUGGGUGUGAAGAGGGCAGUCAGUCCCAGACAACAAAGCUGACCUUGCAGUCACUUAGUGAUCCAUUUAUCUCUGGAAAAAGAAGCUCCCAUAAAAAAGUCAGAUGUGAGAGACAGCUGUCUCCCCCGCAAUCCUCCACAGAUGACCAUUCCUAUAGUUUCGUGCCAGGGCCAAAGACUGAUGUGGGGAGGGUGGUCAGUCAGUCCAAGGAAUUGGUCCAAAAGAGCACCCAAUGUCCAGUGCAGGUAUCACACAGCUCCGGUGACUCAGCUGGUCUCAGGCAACCUUCUCCAGGGAAAGAACCAGAACAGACUAAGACUGGGUCGGUUCAGUCUUCAGUGCCAGACAAGGGAGCCAAACAUCCACCUCCACCCAUCACACUUCCCUUGAACUCAGGAAGGAGCUCCAGUGGUGACAGUUUCACUUCACAGCAGGCAAGCAGCUCUCAUAAAUCUCCAUCUCCUGCCCCUGCUCCUAAGCCACCAAGUCCUUCCCAGAAAUUCUCUGCGGAGGUAAAUCGAGUUAGCUUGCUUCCUGCCACGGCCCUGUCCACUGCGGGCUCAUCACAAAGGAUCCAAGUUUUGGCCAGAUCAUCUGGCCUGAAGAUCAUCAGAAUGGUGUACUCUGGUGAAGGACGCCAGGCCUCGGGGAGAGGCUCCAAGCCCAUGCAGGACUCUACCACCGGGGCCACAGCUCCUGCAGGAUCAAACCUAACUGGCCAGCAGCCUGCAGGCGCUCAGCCACCAAAUGUGCUGCCUGCUGCACCACCGGCUCCUUCUCAAGGAGGUGUUCAAUUUAUUGUUAAAAAAGCUUCCACUCUCAGGCCCUUAGCUCUACUCCAGCUUCCACCAGACUCACUCCUUUUGAACACCCAGCAGCAGGCCAAGGAGCAGCCACAGCAGCAGUGCUUCUACCACCUGAUUCCACAGCAACAACUUCAACAACCCACAACUUCGCAUCCUCAGCAGCCAGUGCCACAGGCUCCUGUACGAGGUUCGGUCAGUCAGAGAACCGACUUACCUGCUCAGCAAGCAACGGCCAUUAACCUCAAUGAAGUGGAGGAUUUUCUGCAGCCCCAGGUAGCUGUGUUGUCUCGGCUGGCCUCUGCCCAGAGCCACCCCGGGCCAAACCUCCCUCAGCAGGGAUCUCAGCUCUCCUCUGCCUUGCAGCUGCAGCUGCAGCCACAGCCUCAGCCAAUACGGUUCAAAAUCUUGCAUCGCUCAGUGGCUGUGACAACAGUAGCAGCCCAGACAGCUCAGUCCCCUCCACCUAGUGAGCAUACAGCAAGCCAGUCAGAAGGUAAAAUGAAGAGCACACCAAUCCCUCCAAAGCCCUGA